GCAGAAUCAGCAAAUAUGGCAGGAGAAAUCGCCGAAUCCCUCAAGCUGUCCGUCGAGAAUAGCAAGGCCGAGUAUGUACGAUUGGGAAACUCGGGGCUCAGUGUCUCGGUUCCCAUUUUCGGGGCUAUGAGCAUUGGGCAUCCGGAUUGGGCACCUUGGGUUUUGGAUGAGGAGAAGUCACUUCCUCUACUCAAAGCUGCGUACGAUAGGGGUCUCAAUACGUGGGACACUGCCAAUGUGUAUAGUAAUGGGGCUUCGGAGGAGAUCAUUGGGAAGGCGUUGAAGAAAUACGAGAUUCCGAGGCACAAGGUCAUUAUUUUGACAAAGUGCUUUGCUGCAGUUGGGGAAGAUCCUAGUGUAAGGUCCUUCUUCUUUCCAAAAGAGGUCGGAGCCUCCAAGGAUUAUGUCAAUCAACGUGGACUCUCCCGCGGGGCUAUCUUCAACCAAGUCAACGGUUCUCUCAAGCGUCUCGAUACCGACUACAUUGACCUCCUUCAAAUUCAUCGCUUUGAUCCUGCUACACCCAUCGAGGAAACGAUGGAGGCUCUGCACGAUCUAGUUAAGAGUGGAAAGGUCAGAUACAUCGGUGCUUCGAGUAUGUGGGCAACGCAGUUCGCACAGAUGCAAUUCGUUGCAGAGAAACGGGGCUGGACGAAGUUUGUCAGUAUGCAGAAUCAGUACAGCCUGCUGUAUCGGGAGGAAGAGAGGGAGAUGAAUAGAUUCUGUAAAGACACGGGCGUUGGCUUGAUCCCGUGGGCACCUCUCUGUCGCGGUCACCUCGCUCGUCCCGCCGAAGCACUUGGGACCACGGUCCGCAGCAAGCCCGAAGCAGACAAGGGAUUGACUGAAGUCGAUUACAAGACCAUUGCUCGCGUUCAAGAACUAGCCGAGAAGAAGGGCUGGAAGAUGAGCCAGGUUUCGUUGGCGUGGAUCAAUAAGAGGAUCAGCAGUCCGAUUAUUGGGUUCAGUAGUAUUGAGAGGAUUGAUGAGGCGAUUGAUGUUAGGGGAAAGACGUUGACGGAUGAAGAACAGAAGUAUUUGGAGGAAUUGUAUGAGCCGAAGGCUAUUUCGGGACAUCAGUAA